AUGACGACUCAAUCUUACAAAGAUCGCAAUUUUAUAGCUGUUAUAGGCGAUGAGGAUUCGGUUACGGGUCUUUUGUUAGCCGGCAUAGGUCAUGUUGAUGGCACCCAAAAAAAUUUCUUAGUCGUCGAUUCGAAAACACCUUUAUCAAAAAUUGAGGAAACGUUCAUUGAUUUCACUAAAAGAAAAGACAUUGCCAUAAUUUUAAUUAAUCAACAUGCAAUGGAUGAAUAUGAUCAGGCAUUUCCUACUAUUCUUGAAAUCCCAUCAAAAGAUCAUCCAUAUGAUCCAGAGAAAGAUAGUGUUCUGAAGCGUGUACAACGUCUUUUCG